GCUCACAAAGAGAUUACACGUAUCUACGGGACAAACGUGAGUCACAGUCACAGUGUUUGAAUUCCGUGCGUUAUGGCGCGCUAUCGUUCGUGCGCGCUCGGCCGUUUCCGCCAGCGGCGGCGGCUCGAUAGGUGGUGGGAGAGUGGGAGGUGAUCGGCCGCCUUCUCAGAGGUGUCGCAACAGUCUGCGCGAUCGGAGCAGUCGGGUUGGGUGGUUGGUAGCAGUGUGGUGUGUACGCGCGCGAACCAGGUAGACGCGAGGUAGUCAACGUGCGUGCGUGCGUGCGAGCGAGCGAGCGAGCCCGAGAGGCGGUGUGUGCCGUCCGUUGUCAUGACGUUUGCGUGAGUCGCGGGGCCAACGCGUCUAGCAGCCGGACAGCCGACGCGAUCAACUCGUCAGGAACAUGGCGCGCGAUUCCCGGCGCGCGGAUUCGCGGCGCGUCCCCGUCGUCGUCGGCGGCGGCGGCGGCGGCGGCGGCGGGGGCGGGGGCGGAGGCGGAAGCGGAGGCGGAGGAGGAAGAGACGGCGGUGGUGUUGCUCGUUCGUUGACGGUGCGGUGCAAGCUGCUGCUGGUCCUGGCGAUGGUGCUGUUUGCGAUCGUCGUCCCCGCUACGCACGCCGAGAGACAAGUUCCGUCUCCGGACUUCAGCAGACACAGCCGAGUGCGGCCGCGAGUGUACCACGGCAGGACGAAGAGGCAGAUCUCGUCGACCAACGAAAACGACAUCGGGCACACGGACGUGCUGACGGUGGCUUUCAACGUGGACGGCGUCGAGCGCGUUCUCGACCUUCGACUGAACACCGAUCUAAUUCCGGUCGGCUAUCAGCAACACUACCAGCAUCGCGGCGCGUACAAGGUGCACCCACCGUCGAAAGUUGAUCUCUGUCAUUACCAAGGCAGCGUUCGAGGUGUUCCCGAAUCAUGGGUGGCGUUAUCCACUUGCAGAGGACUGCGCGGUGUCAUUUUCGACGGCGAGAACCUCCAUCACAUCCAUCCGGAAAACGAGAGCCUGGAUUCCGACCAUUACCUUUACAAGCACAGCGAUCUCAUUGCCAAUCAUACCUGCGGUUACGAAGGAACGCCGCAUCAUCAUGUCUCCGCUCGCGAUCAUCACAAGAUUCAAGAGCUCUCCAGGCAUAAACGGAUGGCUGAAGUUAUUCGCGGGCCUUACAACGCCGACAAGAAGUCGCGUUACGUGGAGCUGGCGCUCGUGAUCGACAAGAAAGAAUACAUCGCGCUGGAUAAGAACCUCAACAAGGUGUAUCAGCACUGCAAGGACAUCGCCAACAUUAUCAACGCACUGUACAUGCCGUUGAACAUAUUCAUCGCCCUGGUCGGCGUGCAGGUGUGGACCGAGUCGGACGAGAUAGCGCUAUCGCCGAACGGCGACACCACUCUGUCCAAUUUCCUGCUCUACCGUAGGGAGAAGCUGCUCCUGGCUAUGCCCAACGACAACGCGCAGCUGCUGACCCGGAUCACCUUCGACGGCGGUGUGGUCGGCAAGGCGCUCAAGGGUCCGAUAUGUACGUACCAGUUCUCCGGCGGUGUCUCCAUGGAUCACUCGAAUGUCGUCGGUCUGGUCGCCGCCACAGUCGCUCAUGAGAUGGGCCAUAAUUUCGGGAUGGAACACGACGGGCCGGAUUGCAAGUGCCCCGAAGAGAAAUGCAUAAUGUCGUCGUCGAGCGGCUCGUCCGGGCCCACGCAUUGGUCAUCGUGCUCAUUGGAUCACCUGGCCCUCGCCUUCGAGCACGGGAUGGACUAUUGCCUGAGGAGCAAGCCGCAGAAGCUCUUCGACAGCCCGAUCUGCGGCAACGGCUUCGUCGAGCCGGGCGAGCAGUGCGACUGCGGGCUGAAGGAGAAUUGCGACAACCCUUGCUGCAACGCCAUCACCUGCAUGCUGCACAGCAACGCGAGCUGCGCCACCGGCAAAUGCUGCGACCUGAAGACCUGCAAGCCGAAGAACGCCGGCACAGAAUGCAGGAGCGCAGACAACGAGUGCGAUCUGCCAGAAUACUGCACCGGCCAGAGCGAGUAUUGUCCAGGCGACGUUUUCAAGAUCGACGGGGAGAUGUGCCAAGAGGGCGAGGCCUAUUGUUACCAUGGUUCGUGCAGGACGCGCAACGACCAGUGCCAACUUCUGUGGGGCCCCAGCGGCGUGUCCUCUCCUACGCAGUGUUACAGUAGGCUGAACAAGCUGGGCACGGUUAAGGGUAACUGCGGUUACAACAAGGUCAAUCUAACCUUCAGCAAGUGUAACGAAGAAAACCUCCUGUGCGGUACGCUGCACUGCAUACACUGGAACGAGCGACUGGAAUUCGGCAUGGAAUCGGUCGCGAAUCUAUCUCAUACGUUCAUCAACAUCAACAGAAAGAUGACGCCGUGCCGCUCGGUCAUCGUUGAUCUCGGCUUGAACGAAAUGGACCCUGGACUCACGCCGAACGGCGCCAAAUGCGCGCCCGGGAAGAUGUGUGUGAAUCAGAAGUGCAUAUCGAUAGAGGAUUUGAGAGCGUCCGUGCCUGGCGGUAAACAUUGCCCCAACAGUUGCAACGGCAAUGGAGUGUGCAACAGUCUCGGUCACUGCCACUGCAACCGUGGCUUCCGGGCGCCUGACUGCCUUCAGCCCGGAUUCGGAGGAUCCGAAGAUAGCGGCCCAACGGAAGAUCUUAACGCGAGAAACGACUUCGCCACCGUGCUUUACGUUAUUUUCCUCGGAGUGGUACCCAUUGUAGCGUUGGUGCUGCUCGGAUUUUGGUACAUGAGGAAUUCCAAGCAACACUGGAAGAAGGGUGUGAUAUCUACGACCGAUCGCGGCCACAAUGGGUUGCUAAUCAAAACGAUCGAUCGUUCCAGUCCCAUGUCCCGUAACAUCGAGACGAUCGACUCUAGUCUGAGUCAAGACCCGGCGUGCGCGAGCUUGCUGCCGAAGGCAGAGGCCGACGAGCGCUACAACAACAAUCUAUUCGGCCAGUUUAAGGGCUUCACGAUCACGCCGAUCCAGUCGAAUCAGUCGAAGCUCGCGGAACCGACGAAGCCGGCCCCGGCACCGCCUACGAUCCCCAUCGUCGCGAUAAAAACCAACGUGAAACCCCUGCAGAAGUGCGGCGCGCCGCCGCCGUCGCGCAGCAACAAUCUGCUGAUCGCGAACUUCAGCGACAACUCGGCCGCGCCGACCUUGCCGCCGCUGAACCCCGGCUCCACGGCGCGACCAUUGAUCAGCAGCCCGGUACUGGCAGCCACCACCUGCACGUCCGUCGAGCUGGUGGCUCCUAAAGUACCCACCCGACCCGCUCCGGAAGUGCCAACGCGCCCAGCUCCGGCACCGCCGGUCGUCGCUUCCACCGCUUCAGCUUUCGUUCCCACGAAGCCGCAGAGACCCAACAGUACGCCGCUGACGAACGUGAUCGUGCCCACGAUUGACCCCGGCGAGAAGAAGCCGGAGAGAGGCGGCACGCUCAACAGGAUCGCGUCCAUACUGCGCCCCAGCUCCGGGAUCAUGAGGAGCAAUUCUCAGACGGACAAGAGCAGCACGAACUCAUUGCCGAGAAGCCAGCAUCACAAAGCCAACAAAGUGCUCGACAAGGAGAUCCUGCGGAACCUGGAGAUCUCGCAUCCCAUACCGCAGACGGAGAUCGAGAUCGCGGCGCCGGUGAUCCCGGUGAUAUCGGCGGCUGAUAUCGAGAAGCGAAACGUGGUGCUGCGCGCGCAAUCCAUGAGGGACAGCAAGAUCACCCCGCGCCCGGCUAUCCACACGUUCGGCUCGAUGCGCCAAGCGACACCCGCCAAGAGACCCACCAGCAUCCCGACGAGCACGAGACCCACCUCGCCACCUCCGGGCCCGCCGACGGCCGUCGUGCACGCGGACAAGAACGCGGUCGAGAGCGCGAUCAAGAUCCCGGGGCUGCCCGGUUACCAGAACCCGCCGGUGAAGACCGGCGGCGCGGCCCAGCUGAAGCCGCUGGAGAACACCUACGACGACUGCAUGAACCUGAUCGCAGAGUCGUCCUUGACGAGGAUCACGGAGGAGUCGCCUACGAACGACAAUAUCUACGCGGUGAUAGAGGAGCCCGUGCCGGAGAAGAACAGGAAGAACGCGGAGCUGUCGGAGGCGUCGGCCGACAACGAAUACAAACUGCCAAAGCGCGUGGACGCGACGCCCGGCACGAACAAUCUCGAGUCGAUGGGUCUGCUGUCGGAGAUCGUAUCUGAGAUAUCGAAUCGCAACUUCGACUCCAUAUACUCUACCUCGACGUUAGCCAGGAAGAAGAAGGAGAAGAAAGAACAGGAGGAAGAGGAGGAGGAGGAAGAGGAGGAGGAGGAGGAGGAGGAGGAGGAAGAGGAAGGAGAAGAGGCGUCGAAGAACUCGGACAAUAUGGGCUCCAACAGCUCCUUGGGCGGCUACAUGAAUUCCAGCCACUACAAGACCCCCGGUGGAAGCGUUUACUCCAACUCGACGUCCGGUAAGUUCAACUCGUCGAGCUCCACUACCAGUUCCGGCUAUCUCCACCCGUCCGCGAUCAAUGUGCCGCAAGUGCACAGGAAACAAGUGCCGAGCAAAGACACCUCGGAUGCGAACGACAACCCGAAGCCGGCCGAUAAGAGCAAGCUGAACACACUCAGCUCCAACAAUCCCAAUAUAAACGACGAGCUGUCCAAGGAGCUCGGCAUGAAGCCACCUGAGAACCCCAUAGGGUACAAGCCGUUCGCAUCGGCGAAGAGCCGGCCGACUCACUUGAUACAUAUCAAAAAGGACGACCAAGCUGAAAGUAAAGUUCCGAUCAAGCCGUCGUUGAGCAGGACUAAGACUCCUCCGAACAUCGCCAAGAGCCCGACCGUCAAGGAGACGUCCGAGUCGAGCCUGAAGCUCGCCAGACAAAGUUCAGAUAAUACGUUAAAGUCGAGCAAGCAGCAUCCCGACAACAACAGCGGCGCUGGCGGCGGUCUGUCGUCCUCAAGAUCCUCCAAGUCGAGUACGACGACAGACGCGAGUCCGAUCGCGCGGCAGACGCAGCUGAACCAAGUCAGCAAGUCCAACAGCGACCUGGAUAAGGACGACUCGCAUACGACCGUCAAUAGCGUAUCUGUCAAAAAUGUGCCUUGUAGUCCUAAGAAUAGUCUGAGCAAGUUCAAUAGCCCGGACCUGGUCUCAAGCUGCUCCAACUCCAACCAGUGCGGCACCAAGUCGCCGGACGUUGUGGGUGGCAAUCCCAAGUUCAGUCUCUCGUUGAAGACCAUUCAAAAGGCGCCCACGCUGCCGAAGGGCGCCAAAACGCCGACGACGCCGUUGAAACCUUCGACCAUCACGUGCAAAGCGACCGGUCUGUCGGAGAGGAAGAAGUCGCCGACUGGUAACGCGAGCAUCGCCAAGUCGUCGCCGACGUCCGCCAAGGAGGCGAUGACGGUCGCCAACAAACUGACAUCGCACCUGGCGUCGAAGGUGGCUGCCAAAACGGAGACCAAGAACGCAGAUGGCAACGGCGCGAAGAUGAAUCCGGUGCAGCGGGCGGCGAGCGGUAAAUCCAACGUGGCGUCGUUGCAGCAGAAGUUCGAAGCUAACAAGAACAUCGCUGGUAUCGCGAGGACUAUACCGAGCGCGAAUAAAAAACCGGUAGCGAUGACGGCGGCACGAGCGACGGAAGUAAGCGGCGGCGGCGGCGCGAGAAAGUGAAUAUCAAUCUCCCGCGGCAGAGAGGAAAAACGAAGGGAAAAUCUCUAUACUUGAAACAUUCUAGUCCGUCAUUUCAUUCUCGUUUAGGAGAAUACGAAACUGUAUAAACGGGUAAACGCGUUCGUACUGCCGAUUGUCAGCGGCCGAUUGUCGCGCGGGUAUAAACGUGGUUACGCGCGAGGGCGAUGUCUUUCUGACUUGUUACUCUAAGGCAGUCGGUCCGUAGGCCCGUUUCCUCAGGAAUCUACGAUUACAACAGCGUAUUCAUGGUAACGUCACGAUCUACACACAUGGGCAACUAGAAAAAGAUUAACCGCGACCGAACCGCUGGGGCAAUUGAAAAAAAUCAAAAGCUUAGCACAUUAAAAUUAUAUUACGUAUAUGGAUCGCUAGUAUAAAAACUGUGGUAAAGAUUUACCCUUAUUUACCCCCGCGCCGAUAAUCUUGACCUUGACAUACGACCAUAGACGUAUAAUAAAUAGACCGCGCGUUCAGCGGAGGGGGCCUUCUAUAUUCGAUAGAGACAACAUGCUUUCGUUGAGCAAUCUAUCGCUUUCUAACGAUGCGUGAUGGGAGUAAAGCAGUCUUCCGUGACAGGGGAAGCAGAAGUAGGAGAAUAUAGAGAAAGGGGAAUUGUGAGAGGCAAAGAGAAGAAAAUACGUCUGACAUAAGUACACGCAUAUGGAAAAAUGAUGAAUAUGGACAUAUGACGAUGGGUAUAAUUACAUACCGGUGGAAAAUAAUCUGUUUGUCACUUUUAUAUGCAUUACUGCGGCAUACACAACAAUAUAGACUCGUUGUGUUACGAUUAUACUUUUUGUGUUAUGAUUAUUAUACUAUUAUGAGUAAAUACGUUUUAUAAUCUUUAAUGUUAAUCGUCUUGUUUACAUACGCUUUGUUUCACGAAAAGAAGGAGAACCGGAGACAUAACACUCCGCUCUAAACAGGCGGAGGGGCCAAAUACCCCACCACGCAUCGUUAGAAAGAAGCAGAGUGCUCUACGAAAGCAUGCUACCUCUCUCUCUAAUAUUGAACAUGUGCAGACAAAGGAAACGUUGCGAAUGCGCGGUCUAUAUAUUAUAUGUCUAUGCAUACGACAUACUCGUAUUUUAUCAAGGACACCUUCCUGAGUAUCAAUCAAAAGGUUUUAGCCGUCGCUCAUUGCUUAUUAAAAAAUAAUUAACAAAAGAAAUUUCAUAAAUAGAAUGUAAUUUUCCAACACAUAUUUAAGGAAUGAGCACAUGUUAUACAUGUCCUAUACAUGAAUAUAUUCAUCGUACUACUGACCUUCAAAACUUCAUCUGUUCUUUUCAGUCGCAAAAAAUUUUUUUGAUAAUUAUGCAGAAAUAGGGACCACCUCUCGAUGUCAAUAAUUUUCACAUAUGUUAUCAAGUUUCUGUAAUGAGUAAUGGUCUGAAAGUUUUAACUCGCGCUCAUUGUUUAUAACAAAGUUAUGAACAAAUGAAGUUUCAUAAAUUUUUCCAUACAGUUAAUCCAAACACAGUGUAUAUAUAGAAAUGUAGGAAACAGUACAUAUAAGCGGGAGAGGGGCUUCGCCUCCCCGAAUAAAUCCUAACCUAACUUAACUUAUUGCAUCUUUAUAUGAAAAGAUUUCCCUAAAAACCUACAACACCUAAUUGCAUGCAGAUAUAAUAAAUUAAAUUGGGUUAGGUGAUAGAUGUUAAGAGAACUUGUUCAAUAAUGUCCAAAAAUAUAUAAAGAUGCAAUAAGUUAGGUUGAUAAUAACAAUAAGAGGGCGAAGCCUCUCUCCCGCUUAUAUGUACUGUUUAACAUUGUUUACUGUAUAUUGUGUCUAUGUACACAGUGUCGGAAAAUUACAUUCUAUUUAUGAAAUUUCUUUUGUUAAUCAUUUUUUAAUAAACAAUGAGCGACGGCUAAAACCUUUUGAUUGAUCUCAGGAAGAUGUCCUUGAUAAAAUAUGUGAUGGUCAUCGGCGGGAGGUGAGUAAGGGUAAAUCUUUACCAAAACUGUUUCCGAUGUCACGUUCUUUUUUUAAUUCUAGCGACCAAACUAUUAUUGCGCUUUUGAUGAAAAACGAUAGGACGGUACAAGAGGCUUGUGGAAAUAUAAAAAAAUUACGAUAUCGUUCGUCUGGUUUUCAAGAAAUUGAUACGUAAAUUAUUUUAGCGCACGUACGAUAGCUUGUCAAUUUUCUUCUUCGUGUUGUUGUACAACCAUUAUCCUUUCGACAGUAUUGUUACGGACUAACUACCUUAAGGAUCCUAAAAAACAAAAAAGGAAACAGGACGCGGAAGCUGAAAGAUAGUACAAGGAUUGACUUUUUUCCCCUCUAAAAUCCAUAGAAGGCAAAUUUUACGAACGAAAUAUUAUAUAUUUCUUGUCAGGAUACUAGAAUACAUAGGCGCAUUGAUAAUAAUGGCCGUCGCGACACACAUAGGAGACACGGCAUUGAGAAGAAUUGUGUAAAUAGUAUACCCACUUAAAAAUUCUCGUAUUUUUUGUAGAGACACAUCCAUUGCCGACGUUCGAGCGUAAGCGUGUAAGCCAAUAAUAAUUACCGUAAUAUUUAUCGUAAGCAUUUUAUAAGCGAUAUUGUGAAGUAAGUGACAUUAUUUUCGAGACCUUCGCUUAAAAACCGAAAGGACAUGUACGAAAUUAUUGACCUCUGUGAUAUGUAUGUGUAUAAAGAGAUAUUGUGCACAGAAAAAGAAAGAAAUAAUAAUACUAUAUACGCCACAUUGUUACGACUAGCGGGCUAUAGAUGCGACCAAAUUAUUUUAUACCGUGAUUACAUGAGCAAAUUGUGCAUGGGGAAAACUCGCGUGUCGUUAAGUUGGAAGGAAGCCAUCGGACGAAUGAGCCGUGCCGUCGUGAAGUCGUCGCGUUCGCGUGUCCGAUGGACGUCAAGUCCUACAUUAACGCCCGGGGUGUGUCCCUUUUUCUCCAGAGAUCGACGAUGUAAAAUUCACAAUCACAAACGCAAGUCGUGUACCUUCGAGAUUCCGUGGGAGUCAAAAUUCGAAAAUGCCAUUAGUUAGGAGAGUCUAGAUAUUAGCACGUGUAAAAAGAGAAGAAGAGAGGAAAACGCUAGUGACGUAACGCCGCAAAAUUCGACAGAGCUAAAGGUGAUAUUCUUUCAAGAGAAUUUUAAAGUAAGAAUCCCCGUUGCAAAAACCAAGUGUCAACGUGUAUUUUGCCUCAGUCGCAUGCAGCACAUCACACGCAUCGUCUUUACUUUUUUUCUCGUCGUCCUCCUGUGCGCGUAACUCGAUGAAAGAAAAGAAAGAGAAAAAAAAAAGAAGAAAACGAAGUCGCUUGCUUCUUCGUCUAUAAAGCCGCGCUAGAGAUGCAAAGACUAAGAAAAAGAAAAAAAAAACAAAAAUAUUUAUUUGACUGAUCCGUGUAAAUAUGUUGUUCAUAAGGAUAAGCAUAGGGCUAAGUGACGUUUUGUACAAUGUACCUUCGCGCUGGAUAAGUUAAGUUGUAAGUUAUUUCUCCUCUUGAGACUCGCACGAUCCUUGAGAAGGGGAGUGUGCGGACCCACAUCAUCCUCGUCGAUUGACUCGACGACAAGGAUUCUCGACGUGACUCGUCGCCAUCCGCACAUAUUUGGCUCUCAAAGAGCGUCCGCGCGAACGGCCGGACGAAACAUUCUCCGAGGAUCGCACGAGGGUCGUAACGCAUUGUGUUCGUGUGCGAGCGCGAGAAAUGGUUCCGAUACUUGUCGAGUAUCGAGGAUCUAUUGUUUUCACGUCGGCGGACUCGCGUGAGGAAAGCUUCAGUUGAACUGCUAUUAGUCGGCUAUGUGUUCGUGCAUUUAUUUUUUACGAAGAAAGGCAGCCGUUCCUCCCAACCCUCGGCAGCGCGUGUCUCGCGUACACACGAAUCCUGCGGCGAGUUGCGCGGAUUCGUUGGUGUUCAUCAGCUCACUUCGUCAGCUGACAGUUCCUACGCGCGAGCGUUCAGACAGAGGUCGUCCUAUUACUAUGUGAAAUUCAAUUGAGGUUCAAUCAAGCUUUUUGACUGUUCAUUCGCGCGUCUCUCUAUGUGGGGGUGUGUGUGUGUGUGUGUGUGUGUGUGUGUGUGUGUGUAUACUUGUAUAUGCAUACGCGCGCGCGUGUAUAUAUGCGUGUCGUGCGUUGCCUUUGCUGCUUAUUUUUCCGUACGUGAUGUAACGUCGUAUGUGUUUGCUUCAUCACGAGGACAAUCAGACAUUCGUUUAGCGUACGCUAUUUGAGGAAGAGAAAGGAGGAAGAAGGAAGGGGAGGAGGAGAAAGAGGAAACUUGCUUUAGCGGCGCCUGUUCGCGUUUAUUAAUGAAUAAGUAAUGUACUCGUAAGAACGCGACUCUUUGAAAGAGAGGAGGAAGAAAAAGGAGAAAAAGGAGGAAAGGAUAAAAAAAGAAAAAAAUGUUAUUAAACACCAUUAAAAUGCAACGAGAGAACGGCCGUCUCUUCGUCAAUUGCUUUACCGUAAAUAUAACGAGGAAUAUUCGAGAGAGAGAGAGAAGGGGAGGGGGAGCGAGAGAGAAAAUUGGCACGUGGAAAUUUGGCAUACAACGAUCGCACACGGGCGGUAUAUGUAUGUACAGCCUAUGUAACGAUGUAUCGGUACGGAUUGGGUUACAACGCUUUGUCUUACACCGUCUAGUAGAUAUAAAAAAAGGGAAACCACGCGGCGCUCUCAGCAUUGUCGCGCGCGCGUAUGCAUUAUAUUGUACAUUCGGUACCAAAGAUAAGUAGCAUCUUACCUUAUGACACACACUGCUGAGAUAAGUACUACAAUAAUUGCGUAGCCGUCGGUUUACGAUAAUAUGUACAUUACCUAAAACCAUAAUGAUGUUACAAUAAAGUCUUUAUUCCAAUUAUAAACACUA